GUUAAGUAUAUAAACUAGAUGAACUACAAGAUGAACUACAAGUCCCAGGAGCACUGACCCGUGUCCUCCAUGACCCCGCUGGACCGAGCAGAGCUCUGCGGGCUCAGAGUGCAGCAGCUCCGGCAGAAGAGAGUCCAGUCUGCCGCAGGAUGCGUUACUGCAGCACGCGAGCGGGCGUUCAGGGCCGCAGCUUCAGAGAUGUGCUGUUCUCUGGAUACGCUGCAGACGGAGGCAUGUUCAUGCCAGAGACCGUCCCAUCGCUGUCGGCUGAAACGCUGCGCUCCUGGAGCCGUCUGUCCUACCAGCAGCUGCUGUGUGAGAUCUGCAGCCUCUACAUCUCCGAGCUCGAGAUACCACGACAUGAUCUGGAGCGGCUCAUUAAACAAGCGCUGUCUAGCUUCUCCAUUCCUGAAGCUGUGAGACUGGUUCAGCUGAAGGACUCGCUGUCCAUCCUGGAGCUGUUUCAUGGAGAAACGCUGGCCUUUAAGGAUCUGGCCAUGUCCUGCACCGCUCAGUUCCUGCAGUACUUUCUGCACAAAGACGGCAAACGGGCUACAAUACUAGUAGGAACGUCGGGCGACACGGGCGGCUCGGCCAUCAGAAGUGUGUUGGGUGUCAGUGAGGUGGACAUAGUGGUGGUGUUUCCCCGCGGACGCGUCACCCGAGUACAGGAACGACAGAUGACCACCAGCACAGCAGACAACAUCCAUGUGUUUGCAGCUGACGGGACAUCUGACGACAUUGACGUUCCUCUGAGGAAGCUCUUUGCGGAUCCAGAUCUGGUGCGGCGUCACGAUCUCAUGAGUCUGAACUCGGUGAACUGGUCCAGGAUCCUGGUGCAGCUGGCUCAUUUCUUGUUUGCAUACCUGCAUCUGAGCGCUCCGCGGGCCGGAGGAGACGAGCCGGAGGAGCUGGAGGUGCUGGUGCCUACAGGAGGAGCGGGGAACAUCACAGCUGGAUGCAUCAUGAAGCGGAUGGGAAUCCCUCUGCGUCUCGUGGCUGUGGUCAACUCCAACGACACGGUCCACCGCGCGCUCCAGACCGGAGAUUUCUCCAUGUGCGGCUCCGUCAAGCAAACGCUCGCUCCUGCCAUCGACAUCCAGGACCCGUAUAACAUGGAGCGUGUGUUCUGGCUGCUGUCCGGUCGAGACGGAGCGCUGGUGAAGAGACUGAUGGAGGAGUUUCAGAGGACACACAAACUCACUCUUCCUGCGUCACUCCAUCAGCAGUUGUGUGAGGUGUUAUCGUCCGGCUCGGUGUCUGAUGACGGGAUCCUGGAGGCCAUGAGGAGAUGCUGGCAGGACAAUCACUAUCUCAUCUGUCCUCAUACUGCUGUAGGAGUGUGGCAGCACUAUCACACAGCCAUCAGACCCGGAGAGAACAGAUGCUGCAUAGCGACCGCAUCGCCGGCCAAGUUUCAGGAGGCCGUGCAGAAGGCCGGUUUGACCCUUGACCUCCCUGAAGCGUUGCAGGCGUUAGACAGGCUGGAGACGCGCUAUGAUGUUCUGGAGCGAUCGGAUGACUGGGAGUCCAAACUGAGACAGCGCAUCGAGUCCAUCAGCUCAAUGAGACGACGCAGAGCAUCACAGACCAGAGACUGACAUGAAGAUGAUUUCAAGAGCGUUUAAAAUGCUCGAGUAUCAGAUUUGCUUGAGAGACUCACAGUUUUUUAAUCAUGAAUGACAUGCACCUGGCUUUUCUUCCUAAGACUGUGAUCAUGAUCAUCUAGUGGAAUGAUUUUAUAGAAUAUAUACAUUUUGUGAACGAGUUGUUCUCUGACAAAAAACUGACAUUUAAAUGAAUAUAUAAUACACACGUCAUUAAAUGACUCUUCGGUUGUGUUGUGUCGACAAAUUAAUAUUUUGUACAUUUUGGAUGGAUUCCCCAAACCACUUCCAACUCCUCGUCUCUGUAGAAUCACAAGGGCUAAAUGAUAUUUUGUCUUUAACUUUGGGGCACUGUUCAUUUUGUUCCUACAAUAACCAUGGAACUUAAUUAUUGAAUGUAAAAAUGAGGAGUUCAGAUGCAGAAGCCUCUAAUUGCCAUUUGAAAUGUUCUUCUAAA